AUGAGCGGAAAAGUGUUAGAAUUUCGAAAGAUGGAUUCGUGCUCCAGCAUUAGCUGCGAUGGAGACUUUGUACAAGACCAACGGACCAUGGAACGGCGAUUGGCUCGACGCAAGAGAGCCAUCUUCCAUCGAGAGCGCAGACGACGAGCCUUGUCUGAGGAUUUAACCCCCCCUGGAAUACAGCACCCCAAUUCUCUUAUCAACUCAACUGAAAACAACGGUAGCAGCACACUCACCACCACAGAACGAAACUCGAGCCCCGAAACUGUCCAGAGUCCAGACGAGGCGAAGAUAAUCUCCCCCUUGAGCCAUUCCAGCUGUGACGAAGAAUCUGCCAAGAGACGAUGGGACAGUCAAGCCAAGCGAUUGUCCGAUAAGACGCCCCCACGAUGCAUUCGGCAAUCGAAUGCACUAACGGACAGCGAAGAUGAAGACUGGGAACCCAUGAGCCUCUUGGAAAACGCCUCGAAUCACACCACCAUUUCUCGAUGGGAGAGUGAAGCGAGCGUCGGUCAAGAUCGCUCCCCGGACAAAUUGAGACGAUUAAAGACCUGGUCGCACCCGGAUGAUGCCAAGGUCAUGAUCGAGUCGCUGGGGUCUCCCCCCAAGCUUCCCAGCCGACAAGUAUCUGGAGGACUCAACUUUUUGGAGGACUUUGUCAAGUCAUUGAGCCUGUCUUGA